UGGCGGCGGCUGCGGUUUGAAUUCCAGCGGCGCCGCCAGACUGAGAACAAGAGCUGGGUUGGAAGGGGCGGGACCUGGGGAACCCAGCGCGCCGCGACCGCUUGGGGAACCAGUGGCGCCGCCGCAGACACCGGUGCCACCAUCUCUGUGUUCAUGAUGGACUCGGGGAUGGAACUGGACGUCACCCUGCCUGGGAGCCUCAGCAGCUGCAGUGGCCUUCACCCUAUUCUGCCAAGUGAUCUGGAUGGCAUCAGUGACACUGCUGGCUUGGGAAAUGGAGUGCUCCCAAAUGUGUCAGAAGAAAAGGUCUCUCCCACCAGAGCCCGGAACAUGAAGGACUUUGAAAAUCACAUCACCGAGCUGAAGAAGGAGAACUUCAACCUAAAGCUCCGCAUCUACUUCCUUGAGGAAAGAAUGCAGCAGGAGUUUACUGGCCCCAUGGAGCACAUCUACAAGACAAACAUUGAACUCAAGGUGGAAGUGGAAAGUCUGAAGCAGGAGCUCCAGGAGAGAGAUCGGUUGCUCGUCAAAGCCUCCAAAGCAGUGGAGAGCCUAACUGAAGGGGGUGGUUCUGAAGUCCAGCGUGUGAAAGAAGAUGCGAGAAAGAAGGUGCAGCAGAUGGAAGACCUCCUGAUGAAAAGGAUACAUCUUCUAGAAGAAGAUGUGAAAGCCGCCCAAGCAGAACUGGAGAAGGCCUUCGCAGGGACGGAAACAGAGAAGGCUCUUCGCCUCAGCUUGGAAAGCAAGCUCUCAGCAAUGAAGAAGAUGCAGGAGGGGGACCUGGAGAUGGCUCUGGCUCUGGAAGAGAAGGACAGACUGAUUGAGGACUUGAAGCUGUCUUUGAAGAGCAAAGAAGCUUUAAUUCAGUGCCUUAAAGAGGAGAAAUCUCAGAUGGCAUCUCCUGACGAGAAUGUGUCAUCUGGAGAACUCCGAGGACUUUCUGCCACUCUGAGGGAAGAAAAGGAGAGAUACGCUGAGGCUGCACAAAGGGAAUGGCAGAAGGAGAGAAAUCACUUGGAAGAGAAGAUCCAGGCACUUCAGGAGGACCUGAGAGAGAAGGAAAGAGAAAUUGCUACAGAGAAGAAAAAUAGCUUAAAGAGGGAUAAAGCCAUUCAGGGCCUAACCAUGGCAUUAAAAUCAAAGGAAAAAGAGGUUGAAGAACUCAACUCUGAAAUCAAAGAGCGCACUGUUGCCUUCACCAAAGCCAGAGAGGCUCCCUUGAAAACACAGGCCACACAAUUUCAGGGGUCUGAGGACUAUGAGUCUGCCCUGGCGGAAAAGGAAGACCUGUUGGCCGAGCUGCACUCAGAAAACCUCACAAAGAGCACUGAGAACCAUAGACUGCUCAGGAAUGUUAAAAAGGUCACCCAGGAGUUGAGUGACCUGAAGAAAGAGAAGCUGAGACUAGAGAGGGACCUGGAGGAAGCCCACCAAGAAAGGAGCAAACACACCCGCACCAUCCAUGACCUUAGAAAUGAAGUUGAAAAACUACAAAAUGAAGUGAAUGAAAGAGAGAAGGCAGUGGAGAAGCAUUACAAGAGUCUUCUGAGCGAAAGCAAUAGCAAGUUUCAUACUCAAGAACAAGUCAUCCGACUUCUAACAGAAAGCAGCAGUCAGAAGGACCUGAUGCUUCAGAAAUCCAAUGAAAAGGAUUUGGAAGCAAUACAGCAGAACUGUUAUUUAAUGAUUGCAGAGGAGCUCAAGUUUGGGAGCGAUGGCUUAAUAACAGAACAGUGUUCUCAGCAGUCACCAGGCAGCAAACUCAUCUUCUCUAAGGAAAAGCAACUAUCAGACUAUGAAGGGCUGACUGGAGACUCAAAGACAGAACAGAGCAUCUAUGCGCAUCUGACUAAGACUCUGCAGGACUCAGACAGUGUCAGCAACCUGCAGGCUGAGCUGAAAGAGGUUCUUGCCUUGAGGCAGCAGCUCGAGCAAGAGGUGCUUGCCUAUCGGAAUCUGAAGAAGGCCCUGCAGGAGCAGCUCAGAGAAAUUCAGAGGCGAGAAGAAGAAUCAUUUUCAUUCUAUAGUGAUCAAACAUCAUAUCUAAGUAUUUGCCUUGAAGAGCCCAAUCAGUUUCAAGUGGAACAUUUUUCUCAAGAAGAACUCAAGAAAAAGGUCAGUGACCUCAUACAGCUUGUGAAGGACCUCCACACAGAUAACCAGCACCUGAAGAAAACCAUUUUUGAUCUCUCUUCCAUGUGUUUCCAGGGAAACGACAGACUUGAGUCAACAAAACAAACAGAGAUCAUGGAGGACUAUGCCAAGGGCGGCUGCAAAAAUGGAUAUUUAAGACACUUGGAUUCCAGUAUUUUAGGCCAUGAUGGGAUCCCCACACCUGAUAUCCCUAGAGACCAAAGCCUGGAAGACGAGCUCCUACGCCUGCUUGACACUUUCUUCCAAAAGAAGGCCACAGUUUCGCUGGAAACCAGAAACAGGCCAGAUCUUCUGAAAGCACUCGGUGCCUUACUUUUCGAACGAAUAUGCUUGGCACAGCAGGGGCUUCCUGGAGAUCACCUUGAUAAUAAAGCUGAGAAGGCACUUCAGCAAGUAGCUGUUCAGUUGAGAGAUGAACUUGGCCAUUCCUUCCCAGACAACUCAUUCUCUAAGUCACACAAUGAACUCAAGUCAACAUGGGGAACCUGGCUAGUAAAGACAGGUGACGAAACCAAGAUGGAGCUGAAGAAUGCCUCAGUGCAAACUGACACCAAAGAGGACACCCCACGUGGAUUCAAAUCUGGAAGGAAGAGAGAAGCUUGGGAAGGGAGACCAGGAGAGGCCAUUUUCAGCACUGACCCUGAGUCAGAGGCCUUGUGUGAGAUACCAGGGCUACAGGCCACUCCCUUCUCAUUCCCCAGUACAAUCAACAAGGAUGUUGAGAAGAUGGGCUUUCUUAUCCAAUUAAAAACACCUGAGUUAUUGGAAAAUAAGUAUGAUCUUCCUGCCUCCCCAGAGGUGGUGGCUCAGCUCCAGGGCCAGGUUCUAGAGCUGCAGGGGGAGCUGAAGGAGUGUAAAACAUGUAAUAAGCAACUCCAUGACAAGCUAAUUCUGGCAGAGGCAAUGAUGGAGGAGAUGACAACACCCAAACCUGUGCUGCUGAAUGGGUCUGUAGCUCAGCCCAUUGUGAGAGCAGCCUACCAGGACAACCCAGGCAAACAAGAAGGACCUGAAAGCAUACACUCUGCUUGGAGAGACAAGGAAGUGGACAGUGACCAAUACACAAGCUUUGAGAUCGAUUCUGAAAUGUGUCCGCCUGAUGACCUUGCCGUAUUACCAGCAUGCAAAGAGAUCACUGAAGACUUACUAGGCCCAACCUCCGUAGUCACUUACUUGAAUUCCAAGAGUCAGCUCUCUGUUAAAGUCAGUGUGAUUGGGAGUGACCAAUCUGAGAACAUCAAUAGCCCCAAUGACACAGAAGACUUAAAACAGAAAAUCCACAACUUGCAAACUGAGCUGAAUGGCUACCGGAACUUCAUUGUCCAGUUACAGAAGCACUCUCAGUGCAAUGAGGCCAUUAUCACAGUUUUGUGUGGGACAGAGGGGGCUACAGAUGGCUUGAACAAGCUUAAGGGCAGUAUUGAUGAAGACGAGAUGACAUUUUCCAGUUUGCACCAAGUACGGUAUGUGAAGCACAUGAAAAUCCUCCGUCCACUUACCCCAGAGAUGAUUGACAGAAGGAUGCUAGAGGGCCUCAAGCAGCAGCUGGUAGAACAGGAGCAGGAGCUACAGAAGGAGCAAGAUUUGAACUUGAAACUUUUCAGCGAAAUCCAUAACCUACAGAACAAGUUCCGAGACCUCUCCCCAUCUAGAUACGAUUCAUUGGUUCAGUCCCAAGCCAGGGAGCUCUCCCUUCAGAGGCAGCAGAUUAAGGAUAGCCAUGACAUCUGUGUCAUUUACCGUCAACACGUGAGCACCAUGAUCAAGGCAUUUGAGGAGCUUCUGCAGGCCAGUGAUGUGGACAGUUGUGUGGCUGAGGGCUUCCGGGAACAGCUAACACAGUGUGCUGAGCUGCUUGAACAACUGGAAAAGCUGUUUCUCCAUGGAAACUUAGCCGGAGUGGAACCGUGUCCCCAGAGUGAACUGCUAGAGAGGCUAAGGAUCAAGGAAGACAACUUAACCUACCAACAUCUCCUGCCUGAAUCUCCUGAGCCUUCUGCCUCUCAUGCACUAUCUGAUGAGGAAAUAUCCGAUAAGUCCUCCCUUUCCCGAGACCAGAAGCCAGACAGCGAGACUGAGGAGUGUCCAGUGAUGGCGAGCUCUUUUCCUCAAGACUUACUAAUGGAACACAUACAGGAAAUUCGAACUCUGAGAAAGCGUUUGGAAGAAUCUAUUAAAACAAAUGAGAAGCUCCGGAAACAGCUGGAACGGCAGGGGUCUGAGGCUGACCAAGGUUCCACAAAUGUUGCUGCUUACGGCUCAGAGCUGCACAGCUCUCUGACAUCAGAGAUACAUUUCUUGAGGAAGCAAAACCAGGCCCUCAGUAUGAUGCUCGAGAAAGGGGCCAAAGAUAAACAGAAAGAGAAUGAAAAAUUACUUGAGUCCCUGUCCAGGAAGGCGGCAAGUCUUGAGCACCUUCAGCUAGAGUAUACCAAUGUAAAGGAAGAAAAUGAAAGGUUACAGAGAGACAUCAGUGAGAAGGAGAGACACAACCAGAAGCUGACCCAGGAGGUCUGUAGCAGCCGCCAGGAACUGAGCAGGGUACAGGAAGAAGUGAAGUUGAAGCAGCAGCUGCUCUCCCAGAACGACAAGCUGCUGCAGUCCCUCCGAGUGGAGCUGAAGGUGUAUGAGAAGCUGGACGAGGAGCAUAGGAAGCUACAGCGAGAGGCCCAAGGUGAGGCAUCUGGAGAAGGCUGGAAGGGGCCUGAUUCUUUCAGUAACCUGCAUGGCCUCCUGACAGAGAUGCAGGCUCUCCGUGACCAGCUAGAAAGGAGCAUCCAGAACAACAGCACCCUGAGGAGCAAGCUGGAAGAACAGCUGUCACAGGGAUCCAAGAAGGCCCAGGAAGGGGCCCUCACGCUGGCUGUCGAGGCCUUGUCUGUCCCCGAGUGGUCCCUUCAGCUGGACAAACACGACGGCAACAAAUGUCCUGAGGCCAGUGAUAAUUCAUUUGAUCUGUUUGAAUCCAUCCAGGCAAUGGCACCUAAAUCAGCGUCGGAGGCUCCUCUGCUCUCCAGAACUGACGUGGGCUCCCUCUCCUGUGACAGCAGCACUUCUGCCACCAGCCCCCCUUGUAUGCCCUGCCUGGUUGCUGACCACCGUGUGUGGGCCAGUAAGAGUGGCCACCAUAUGCUGGGUCUGAUUGAGGACUAUGAUGCCCUCCAGAAGCAGAUCAGCCGGGGCCAGAGACUGCUUGCCAAGAUGGACAUUCAAACUCAAGAGGCUCUGAGCCCAACAAGUCAAAAGCUGGAGCCAAAGGGUCCACACUCUGUGCCUCUGAGCAAGUUUCUCUCCAUUAUGAACAUUGCCAAGCUGAUCCUGGAAGAAGCCUCAAGAUUGCUGAAGCUCUUCUGGAGGGUCUCAGUCCCCACAGAUGGCCAGUGUUCUCUUCACUGUGAGCAGAUUGGAGAAAUGAAGGCAGAGAUCACCAAACUACACAAAAAGUUGUUUGAACAAGAAAAGAAGCUGCAGAACACAGCAAAACUUCUGCAGCAGAAAAAGCACCAGGAGAAAAUCAUCUGUGAUCAGUUGGUCAUCACCCACCAAGUCCUUCGGAAGGCCAGGCGAAACCUGGAGCGAAGGCCCCGGGCUGCCCAUCCAGGAACAUCCAGUCCCAGCAGACCGGGCUUGUGAAGAGAGCUUUCAACUAAUAAAGCUUGUGGU